CCCAGAGGGGGGGCCCUCCUCGCCUCCUACCCGUGCCCAUCGCUGGAGAGGCCUGCUGUUGCGUCCCAGGACUCCGAGGGGCACGGUGGGAGAGGUCACCCUGGCGUUUGGGGGAUGCCCCAGGAGGGGAGGCGAGAAAGCAGAGCACCCCCCCCCCCCGUCACUCCUCGGUGGCCUUCGCUUGUCAGCAAGCGGGGGAUGAUAAAAUGCUUUGUUCUACACUGAACACUGGUGCUUUUGUGUGUUGUGCCUUGUGGAGCGGCAGUGCCGCCCGGCCUUGGCUCACCCACGCCCUUUCCAAAGAGGUGGGGCUUUCCUCCGCUGUCAGGGUGCCAAAUCAGGGGACGAAUUCCAGGGAAGACACUUUCCAGAGUCUCUGCUUUGCCAUCUGGGAGGGAAGAGCCCCUUUUCAGAGAAGGAGCACUAGUCAGGCGGUGGGUUUCAGUCGAGGCCGAUUGUUUCUCAGCUGCUGCCGGAAGAUCUCAGGGAACACAGCUUUCUACAGAGGUGGAAGGGAGUGGCGGACAGCGUGGGGCCCCGAGGAGCGAAUCUCACCUGUGAAGAAGAGAGAACCGCACACCAGAAAUCUCACCGGCUGUCGCCUGCAACCACCACCCAUUGCUUUGGACCAUGGGCAAUGGCAUGAACAAGGUCCUCCCUGGGCUUUACCUCGGGAACUUUGUAGAUGCCAAAGAUUUGGACCAGCUGAGCAAGAACAACAUCACGCACAUCCUCUCUAUCCACGAAUCUCCGCAGCCGUUCAUUCCGGGAAUCACAUACCUUCGGAUUGUUCUGCCAGACACACCUGAGGCUAACAUCAAGAAGCACUUUAAAGAAUGCAUCCACUUCAUCCACUCCUGCCGCCUGCGUGGAGGAAACUGCCUCGUGCACUGCCUUGCCGGGAUCUCCCGCAGUAGCACCAUCGUCCUGGUUUACAUCAUGACGGUGACGCAGCUGAACUGGUACGAGGCGCUGGAGGCGGUCAAAGCGGUGCGGCCGGUCACCAACCCGAACCCCGGAUUCCGUCAGCAGCUGGAGGAAUACGGGAAAAGCAAGUCUGUGAAGAAGAUCCAACGGCAGCUGGAGCGCAAGUACGGCGCGUCCCCUUUCAACGACGAGGAGGAGAUACGAGCCCGGCUGCCGGCUGGCAAAAGACCGGACGCCGUCGUCACCCCUCAGAGGACUGUGGCGCCAAAGAGCCGGGGCGCCAAGCCCCCAAGCCCCUUUCUGAUGCGGGUGAAGGAGACGUUUUCCUGCCUUCCUGGGUGUCUGAAAUGAGCCUCCCUCUGGCAUGCUGGGAUAUCGCAGAGGCUGCGCGCCGCCAUGAACUGGCCGAGGCCCGAACCUGGCAAGGAAUGUGCUCAACACUGGCGCCACGACAGAAAAAAAACUAAGUGGCAACAAACACUGAGCUGGUGAGAAACAGGAACUGUUCGGGAUUGGCUUCUUUUACCUGUGGAAUGGAGACCAUUUUUACAGAUGAGGCGCUCAGGAAAUUCUUGGCCCGUUUUAAAGACCCUCUCGCCAGCAAAGCGAGAUUCUUCGUGCCCCGGCUUGCCAAAUUCUUCACCCCCUGAGACAGGGAGUCAUCUGCUGGUCAAAAGACUUCCUAGCCCAGAUUCCUCGGCAGGAAAACAAGAAUUCUCCCGUUAGCGCUGCACACAGUUCAGGUGAGGGCGGGAAAGAGAAAUGUAAGGAACAGGAAAAACGCCCUGGAAUGGAGAUGGUUCUUGCACAAUAAAUGGCUUUUCUAUCCAAA